GCAUUCAAAAACACAAAUCACUCAAUUAUGUCAACAAAAAUAAGGAACAUAGCAACAGUUCGGGAUUAUAGUGAAUUGUGAGUUGAGGGCAAUCCGCGUGUAUAAAGUGAUGGGAAAGAUUCGGGAAUAUGGGGGAAUCUAUGGAGAAAAAAAAACAUGCAUAGUUGAAGGGAGAAACGUUUGGACAAACUUUUGCCCUUUUUCGUCGUGCUUGGAUGCGAUUCGAGAGGACAUAUUGUAAGGUCAGAAUGCAGAAUAGUUAUCUAUUUCUUUCACUUUGUUUACUCCACAAUUCACUCUCCUUUUAGUGUAAACCCUUAGCCCUCUUUUCAGUGGAGUAGAGAGAAACCCUUGCCAGCAAGUUGUGGUUAAAAGUCGCCUAUUGUACCGGGGGUUAAAACUAGGCACUGCAGAAAGAAAAGGUGCUGGAUCAAUGAAUUAGCAAAAGGAGAUAAACAAACAAAAUAAAGACGUGCACAAUGGCAGAAAAUGAGAAGGUGUAUCGCAGUGUCUCUUUCAAAAAGUUAGGUUGUAGCGCGAACAAAAGUUGCUGUGAAGAACAACUAAACAAAACAACGAAUUUGGAGGGUAGUAGCAGCGCCCUUCCCCCUCCAUCUACAGCAGCGGCCGAGAAAGCGCAGCCCUCGGCUAUGCGUAAUGUUAGUGUGUCAAGGAAAGUUUCCAAAAUCUCCGCUGCCAGCCUCCCAACCGCAGAGCUAAAGAAAGGCUCUUCCACUCCUCUCUCCUCCAUUUCUCCCUCUAUUCGCCAACUCACUGAGAAGUUCAGUAGCACUAAUUCGUCUCGAACGCAUGGAGCUCCGAGCCCUGGCAGUAACGUUGCCGGGAAAAGCACAACUUUACCCAGGGUUAAAAGCAACAGGGGAGAGAGAUCCCCAUCUCGGAAAUCAUUCCACGAGGACAGUGGAUAUUUACAAGUUACUGACACGGUUUUAACAGUGUCUCCGAAUGACACUAAAGUUCAGGAACAGAAGUUUUAUUCGGGCACAGACUCGGUCUCUGGAUCGGAUUCGGAGAGAAAUCCAAAAUGGAUGUAUACUCGCAAAUCUCCUCAAGGCAUCGUUGGGUCUGGUAAAAUAGAUUAUUCCCACAUUGAUCCGUCGGUCUCUUAUAACAACAACUGCAGUAAGACUUCGAACACUGAGGAUUACGUUUUUGUCAGUGGGGCGCCUGCCUGCAAGUCACACAGGAGCUACUUCCCAAGUCACCAUGGAGAUCCUCCUGUUCACGUUGACCUAACCUACUGGCCCAGUGUCACCAAGAUCAGAGAGCUUUUUGAUGCAGAGGAUUUAAAGUGUUCUAACCAGCGCCAGCCCUCCGCCAGCUCUAAAGACAACACUUUAGCAGACAUAAGCGACAGGCAGUCUCCCAACAGCCCAACCCCUGAAGCCACUAGCCUCUCACUGUCAGACAGACACCUCAGCAGGGCUGCCUCCCGGGGCAGAGAGAGGAGACACCAGGGCAUGGACUCAGCCUUUCACCCUGACCAGCACUACUCAGACGACGCAGAGAUCGAGCCAGCCAGCACUAGUAUUAGUAGAAGUGGUAGGUUUCUUAGGGUGGCCCAGCCAUCAAACACACACAGAGCCCACAGCCCCAGCAGUGGAGGAGAGGGGCCUGAGACCUGGACUUCUAGUCUGAACUCUGACCCUCCACCCUCUGUCCUCACCGCUGCACCUGCCCCCCCACCUCGGAGCAACUCCAGGGGCCUCUCCUCCCGUGUCCGCCCCUCUGGAGAGCAGAGGCAAAGCCAGGGGGCCGGACAGCCCACGGACAGUUUACAUUCCUCACAUAGCUCCUCCAGACCGGUGGCCCCCUCCUCUGAUAGAGCCUCAGCCAGGGCAGCCAUCACAGCCCGCUGGAGGUUCAGCUCAGGAGACGAAGAAGAGGAGUACCACCACCGAGCAGGAGGAAGGAGCCCUCAAUCGUUAGGUGUCAGUGGAGGUUACCUUAUCUCCCGCGGUAAGAAUGGCUGGUGGGGUGGUAAGGUCCUCGGCAGGUCUUCAGGCAGUGAGGAGGACAGCCCUGCUUCACUAGGACCCAGCAGAGAAACCGUGAGACGCCGCUCACUGAGAAAAAAGAAGAACAACGAGGUUGCCGUAGCUACGGGGCGAGACGAUGGCGAGUCAGACGACAGUGACGACGAGCAGACUGGUAUGAUGGAACACCUUGAGAGACACCAACAGAACAUCACUGCAGAACAGACUGGGAGCUCCCGGAACCGGCUCAGAGAACCCAAAGCCUCUAGCACCUGUGCAGCACUGUGGGGACGCAAUUCCACUCCUAACCAGAUGGGAGCUCAGGGGAGCUACAGACGCAAAUACACAUCAGUCGGGGCGGGGACAUCUCGCAUAACCACACCCCUCUCAGGGGUGUCGCGGGUGUCAAAGGUCAACAUUUCGUCAUUUAUUUCGAGUCCAGGCGGCUCACAGAGCAGCAGUAGAUACUGUAGCACCGAGAUGCUGAAAGAAGAGGACCAAGCUAGCUAUGCUAACAGAAGGGUGAACUGUAAUGUUACUACCCCAGGCAGUGUGGUUGGUGCUUCCUCUUCCAUGCUCAGUAAGACCUACCACGGUAACUUCACCAUGUACCGCUCCCCCAGCUUCGGACACGGGGAUAACUUUUCCCACGCCCCUGUUAGAGGCCAACCCCGCAUUCUUCCCCCUGUCAAUCCCCCAUCCCCAGCCACAGGGGACACUGGAGGGGUUGCUAGGGAGGAGACUACGGUGUUCCGUCGGUUGCUAAGUGGUGGCGUUGUCGGUGAUAAGGACAAGAACAGGAUGUCAAUGUCAAACCCGGACAUAGCCUCAGAAACUAUGUCUCUCCUCAGCUUCCUGAAAAGUGACCUAUCAGAUCUCAGAGUUCGAAAGACGGACAGGUCAGGGGUUACUGAGGGGUCAUCUACGGUGUACAGGAUGGGGUCAAGAGGCCUCUACCCAGGACUCCGCCCUUCAUUAAAGGACCUCACUGCAACUCUCAGACGUGCCAAAUCCUUCACUUACUCCGAUAAACCAGUAGGGAGGCAACAUCCAGCCGGCUCCUCUGCUAAAAGAAGCUCUUCUGAGCAAUGUCUGGAUCAAGACGAAGAGAUGGAUGGAGGGAGGGGGGCAGUGCCUGACAGAGAGGUGGAGAGUGAUGGAGGAGACUGCAGAGCAGGGGGUUAUGGGUAUGAGGAUGUGAUGCCCACUCCGUUGCAGGACCGGUAUGUCCAGGAGGCCAGACAGGUAAUCAGAGAUAUCUGCCAGAUGAGUGCUCUCGAGGAUGUUGACAAUGAUGAUGAUGUGCUAGCAACAGAUGGCACUGAAGACGAGGGUUUCAAAAGAAAACAAGUGGAGGAGCAGGAGAUAAAAGAGGGCGAGGGAGGUGAAUUAAAAGAUGAGAGGAGAGCUAGAGAAGCUGAGGUUGCCGUUUCAGGGGAAAAAGAGAGGAGGGAGGGGGAAUGUGAAAACACAGAAAGAGAGAAGUUCCAACAGAAGGGAGAUUCUGAGGAGAACGUUUUUUAUGACCGAUCUGUUGAUGAGCUAUCAGGUCAUGAGUCGAGCCUCACUGAUGAGGGCAUAGUCACAGAACCAGAGGCUGGACUGGGUGACCCUGAGAGGUUAUUUGUCAGGGCAAGUUUAGGAUCAUCGUUGGCCAGAGAUGUGCUGGGUCAACCCCUGACCAUCUGGAAGCAGUCUGCUCUGCAUGAGGAUGAGUGGCCAGGGUUACACGAGGGAAUGCGAGAGGGAUCAAGGUUAAACGAGGGAAUGCGAGAGGGAUCAGGGUUACACGAGGGAAUGCGAGAGGGAUCAGGGUUAAACGGAGGAGCGAGAGAGAAACGAGAGAACCCUGUCUCUGUUCCUGCCCUUGGGGUUGAGAGUGAGAGCAUUGCUGUAGUAACAGAGAUGAGCGGCGUCAAUAACAACAACAGUACUAGCAGGAGGGCCAAUGUAUCCCAGAGUGCCUCAGUCCCAGGAUUUGAGGCUCCUCCCACUCCAAGCGCUAUCCGCCGCCGCCGUAAGUUCUCCUCAACCGGGAACGAGGGCUCUGACUCCAGCAACGGCAGCACCGGGGAGUCCAACGGGAACGGGGAUGUUUACCGUUCGCUAAGCGACCCCAUGCCUCACCGGCGCCGCUCUGUGUCAGAAGAAGGGAAUAACAGCUUCUCUUUGGAUAGUAACCUGCUGGGGUCUCUCUCUCUCUCCUCCAAGGGGGCAGGAGGAGGAGUCGGAGGAGGAAGUGUCCCAGAGUCGUCCUCUACAGCUGAUCUAUCAGAGUGCACGGGCAGUGUGGCUAGCGACCUAUCGCUGUGCAGUGAUGGUGGUCUCCGUGACGACUACAGCAAUGUGAUCCGGAACAUUGUUGCGGAGCCAGGAGCGAUGGACAGACUGAUGACGGAUGACAAGAACAACGGAAAAGCCACGAAGAAGAAGUCCUUCUCUGACCCCAGUCGCCGUGGUGACGGCCCCCUGCUUGAUGAACCAGGGUUCAAAAGUCACUAUCACCCUAAAGAACCAGUCAGUGAGCUGGAUCAGCCUGGUCAGAUCCCACCCUCCAGCAGUGAGCCAAUCCUGAGUGAGCAGAGAGAUGAGCUGUGGGAGCUCAGAGAUGAAUGUGGACACCCAUUACUUAGUCAUCAUGGCAACAAUGAAGUCGGGAAAUUCCGCUCCCAAUCAGAAAGGGAGGUGCACUCCUGUCUCCAUAGUGAUGACACAGACAGAGUGGGAGGAGGGGAGAUAUUGAACUCUGACCUCAAAUUAGCGGAGCUUGUGUCUCCCGGAAUGGGCUGGCGGACCAACAGGAAACGCCCCAACUGGGUCAGCCAAUCAGCAUCAGAGGAGCCGGACCACUCGGAACCAGGUCCAGAGGACCAGGAUCAAGACCAGACUGAUCUCAUCCCCCCAUUGCCUCUGGUCCCCCCCAAACCCAAAACUAGGUCCAAGCAUGUCCGCCACGCCAGCGAACCUGCCACCUUCAUCCCCAUCUUCCCACCUCCACAGCCCCAGCGAGCCCAAGGGGAUCCGCCUUCCCUACUACCUGCCUGUGAACCCUCCAUCCUGGGUAAGCCAACCAGUGAGGAGGCCCCCUCCCUGGAAGAUGUGACCAAGCGGUAUAUUCUGGCCCUGAAUGCUCCAGGGGGCGAGAGCGAGCCGUCUGGUUCUGAGUCUGGGUCUAGAGGAGCGGUGCCUGUACCAGACGGGUCCAACUCCAGCCCUGCUACUCCCAGUGGUGCCAGAGAACCCAGACUGCAGAGGAAGAGCAGUGAGGAGCUGACCACACCAGCCCCACAGAGUGCCAAACCCAGAGUGGAUAUGAGAAGACAUGUCGUGAUGACCCUCCUGGACACUGAGCAGUCUUAUGUGGAGUCACUCCGGACACUCAUACAGGGCUAUAUGCGGCCUCUGAAGCAGCCAGACAGUGGCUCCCUAGUUGAUCCCUCAUUGGUGGAUGAGAUGUUCUAUCAGAUUCCAGAGAUCCUGGAGCACCAUGAGCACUUCCUGGAACAGGUCACCGGCUGCAUUAGCCAAUGGCACGACAGACAGACCGUGGGACAGUUGCUUAUCCAAUCAUUCUCCAAAGAGAUUCUUGCUAAUAUUUAUUCAGCAUACAUCGAUAACUUUCUGAACGCCAAAGACGCCGUGAGGAUCGCAAAGGAGGCCAAGCCGGCAUUCCUCAAGUUCCUGGAGACCAGUAUGCGUGAGAACAAGGAGAAGCAGGCCCUGGGUGAUCUGAUGAUCAAGCCUGUCCAGAGGAUCCCCCGUUAUGAGCUGCUGGUCAAGGAUCUGUUGAAGCACACUCCUGAGGAACAUCCAGACCACCCGUUGCUAUUGGACGCCCAGAGAGACAUCAAGCGAUUGGCUGAGAAGAUCAAUAAGGGGCGUCGCUCUGCGGAGGAGGUGGAGAGAGAGACACGCGUCAUGCAGGAGAUAGAAGCCCACAUCGAGGGAGUGGAACACGUCAGAGAUAUCCUUAACCCAAUGAGGAAGUUCCUGAGACAGGAGAUGGUGAUGGAGGCGAAGACCGUGGGGGGUAAGAAGGACCGCUCUCUCUUCCUCUUCAGUGAUCUGCUCAUCUGCACCACCCUCAAGAGGAAGUCUGGAUCCCUGAGACGCAGCUCCAUGAGCCUGUACUCUGUUGCCAGUGUGAUCGACACUUCCAGUAAAUAUAAAUUCCUGUGGAAACUUCCCCUAGAGGACGUGGAGAUGGUGAAAAACCCCUCCCAGGCAACCAACAAAGAGACCAUCCAGAAGAUGAUUGGUCGACUGGACGAGGACCUGAGUACACUGGGACAGAUCAGCAAACUAUCAGAGACUCUCAGCUUCCCUCACCAGUCUCUGGAUGAUGUGAUAAAGGACCUGAUGGCGUCGGUCCACAGGGAGCUUGCAGAGAAACAGUCUCUAGCCUUCAGUAUGAGCUUCCUGCCCACCAAGCUGGAGCUGACCACGGCCUCGGCAGAAACCAGCUUCGUCUUCGAGUUCAGCUCCCCAGACACACGCAGCAACUUCCAACAGGCCUUCGAAGAUGCCAAGAAGAAACUGGCAAUGAAUAAGGACCAGUGGGACCCAGAGUUCCUGAAGGCUAUCCCCAUUAUGAAGACUCGUAGUGGGAUGCAGUUCUCCUGUGCCUCCCCCAGCCACAGUUGUCCAGAGAGCAGCAGUGAGGUGUGGGUGUGUAACAGUGAUGGUUACGUGGGCCAGGUGUGUCUGCUCAACAUCAGAGACCAGCCCACUGUAGAGGCCUGUAUCGCUGUCUGCUCUGCUAGGAUCAUCUGUAUCGCCGCGGUCCCUGGACUCAAGGGGAGGGAACGUGGAGUGGAGCACUCCCCAGCCCCUCCCCCUGUAGCUGUUGACUCCACCCCAUCCCGGCAGCAGCAGCUACACAUCUCCAUCUCUCAUUCGUCGCUGGAGCUGACCGAGCCCCCUUCAGGGGCUGGGCCAGAGUUAGUUCCAUUUGAUAGUGAUGACACGGACGAUGAAGAUUCUCCUAGCCCCUCCUCUACACUGCAGAGCCAAGCCAGUCACUCUACUGUGUCAUCCAGCUAUGGCAAUGAGGAGGGGUCUGGUUCUAAGGACAUGGCUACAGAGACCACCAGUAGUGAGGAGGAGCAGGACUACCCCGUGGCCAGUUCUUAUGGAGCUCCAGGCAGGCCAGGGGUGGGUGGAAUAGGUCGACCCCACAGCGAGAGCCCCAUGGACGGGAGAGCGAUGCGCCGCUCCUCCCGGGGAUCCUUCACUAGAGCCAGUCUGGAGGAUCUGCUCAGCAUUGACCCGGAGGCUUACCAGAGCUCUGUGUGGCUGGGCACAGAGGACGGAUGUAUCCAUGUGUACCAGUCAUCAGACAACAUCCGGAACCGUAAGAACAGCAUGAAGAUGCAGCAUUCUGCCCCCAUCCUGUGUAUUCUCUACCUGGACAACAAGGUGUUUGCGUCCCUGGCCAACGGAGAUGUGAUCGUCUACCAGAGGGAGGUGGGGAGUUUCUGGGACGCCCAGUCAUCUCAGACGUUGAGUCUUGGCACGCCCAGUAGUCCUGUCACUAAGAUGGUCCCGGUCGGUGGGAAGCUGUGGUGUGGUUCACAGAACCGCGUUCUCAUCAUCAACACAACCACACUGGUGCAAGAGCACUGGUUCCAGGUGGGCACAGACAGCAGUAGGUGUGUUACCUGCAUGGUGAGCUACGGCCAGGGGGUGUGGCUGGCGCUCCAGGGUAGUGCCCAGAUCAGACUUUACCACGCCCAGACCUGGGACAGCCUGACGGAGGUGGACGUGGCUCCCGCCGUGCACAAGAUGCUUGCAGGUUCAGAUGCGAUCAUCCGGCAACACAAGGCAGCGUGUCUGAGGAUCACAGCUCUCCUGGCCUGUAAGGACCUGCUGUGGAUCGGGACCAGUGCAGGGGUGGUCCUGACCCUGUCUAUCCCAGCCGUCAGCUCUGGGACUGUGUCAGGGACGCUGCGGUCACCUCUGACCCCCAUGGGCUCCGCUCAUGGACACACUGGCCAUGUUAGGUUCCUCACCUCCAUAGAACUACCUGAAGGCUUCGAUGUCAACUUCCCCCUGCCCGCCGAUACCACAGGCAACCCAGCCCAGAGUGGUGUUGAAGGGGGUAAUGGGGGUCUGCAGAGGCGAGAUUCCGCUCGCCGUCGAGCCUCCGCCCUCCUGCCCGUUAAAACCAAUCAGUUGGUGAUCUCCGGUGGCGAUGGCUAUGAGGACUUCCGGCUGACCAAUAGCAGUGAGACAGUGGGGCGGGACGACAGUACCAACCACUUACUGCUGUGGAGGGUCUGAGCCAAUCAGCCGGCCCCAUUUAUCAAAACCCACCCCUUCAGCACCAGCAACAUACUGCCCUGGAGGAUGUGAGGCCAAGCCCCCUGCCCCGGGUCUGAGCCAAUGAGAGUCCCCCGACCCAUUUGAACCCCACCCUCAGCAAAAACCACACAUAAACCCGACCCCUCCUCCUCAAAACCCACCCCCGUUUUUAUUAGGUCCAGUAUUUUUGAGUUAUUUUCUCCGUCUUCUGAUCUCUCUGUGCAUGGGUGUUGUUAGCCCAGGCUGAAAAACUACAGGGUCGCUUCAAACCAGGUUUCUGUUGUUGUUUUGGUUAGUUCUGAUGCAAAUGUCUGUGUUGUUAAUCACUGAGUGAUGUGUCUGGUGUUUCGGCGUGGACUCUGUCUCUACAGACUUUACUAGGAGAGAGGGAGGGAACAAGUGAGAGAGGGGGAAAGAGAGGGAGAGAAAGAGAGAGCGAGAGAUUGGGACAGUGACCAGAGAAAAGUGUGGAUAAGGACAGACCGAUUAGGUGAAGGAUAGGGAGAGAGAAGGAAAGAGAGAGAGGUUGAGGCAGACAGGGUGAAAGGGUACUGAUGGGAAGAAGAUUGUGAAUUCUGCAACAAGCCAAAUGAUGGACUGAUGGAAGUACAAAUGGAACAAGGCCAUCCUAACAAUGCAUCCUAGGGAGGAGAGGAGAAAUGGAACAAGGCCAUCCUAACACUCCAUCCUAGGGAGGAGAGGAGAAAUGGAACAAGGCCAUCCUAACACUCCAUCCUAGGGAGGAGAGGAGAAAUGGAUGGAACAAGGCCAUCCUAACACUCCAUCCUAGGGAGGAGAGGAGAAAUGGAACAAGGCCAUCCUAACACUCCUUCCAAGGGAGGAGAGUAGAAAUGGAACAAGGCCAUCCUAACACUCCAUCCUAGGGAGGAGAGGAGAAAUGGAACAAGGCCAUCCUAACACUCCAUCCUAGGGAGGAGAGGAGAAAUGGAUGGAACAAGGCCAUCCUAACACUCCAUCCUAGGGAGGAGAGGAGAAAUGGAACAAGGCCAUCCUAACACUCCAUCCUAGGGAGGAGAGGAGAAAUGGAACAAGGCCAUCUUAACACUCCAUCCUAGGGAGGAGAGGAGAAAUGGAUGGAACAAGGCCAUCCUAACACUCCAUCCUAGGGAGGAGAGGAGAAAUGGAACAAGGCCAUCCUAACUAACACUCCAUCCUAGGGAGGAGAGGAGAAAUGGAACAAGGCCAUCCUAACUAACACUCCAUCCUAGGGAGGAGAGGAGAAAUGGAACAAGGCCAUCCUAACUAACACUCCAUCCUAGGGAGGAGAGGAGAAAUGGAACAAGGCCAUCCUAACUAACACUCCAUCCUAGGGAGGAGAGGAGAAAUGGAACAAGGCCAUCCUAACACUCCAUCCUAGGGAGGAGAGGAGAAAUGGAACAAGGCCAUCCUAACUAACACUCCAUCCUAGGGAGGAGAGGAGAAAUGGAACAAGGCCAUCCUAACUAACACUCCAUCCUAGGGAGGAGAGGAGAAAUGGAACAAGGCCAUCCUAACUAACACUCCAUCCUAGGGAGGAGAGGAGAAAUGGAACAAGGCCAUCCUAACUAACACUCCAUCCUAGGGAGGAGAGGAGAAAUGGAACAAGGCCAUCCUAACACUCCAUCCUAGGGAGGAGAGGAGAAAUGGAACAAGGCCAUCCUAACACUCCAUCCUAGGGAGGAGAGGAGAAAUGGAUGGAA